UUAAAUCAUAUAUACGAGUGUAUACUUUAAAACUAGCAAUUUCUGAUUUUUUUCUGUCUUUCCGGUUUUCUUUAUUUGUUAGUGAAGCUAUAUUUACGCGUGUAACUGGUAACUUUCGUUUUGAAAUUGUGUGUUUGUGGUUUAAUAUGCUGGUUAAUUACAGCAGUAGUGGCAGCUCGGAAGAUGAAAAUGAAGUCAUUGUUGCUGACAGAAAGCGCCGGAGAAGAAAUAAUAGUGCCAGAGAUCACAAAUCCGGAACUAUUUCAGCCGGAAUUGUUGCAGCACAAAUCCGGAACUACUUCAGCCGGUAUUGUUGCAGUAGUGGCAGCUCGGAAGAUGAAAAUGAAGUCAUUGUUGCUGACAGAAAGCGCCGGAGAAGAAAUAAUAGUGCCAAAGAUGUGAGUCCAGGUGAAAGGAAAAAUGUGCCAGGAAAUCAGGUUUGGAUUUCAGGUCCAGAGAAGAUUAAAGGUUCAUGUCAGGACUCUGUGGCUCGCCUUCCUCUGCCUGCCUCUGUGAUGGAGAUGUUCAGAGAUUCAGAAGAGCAGCACACAGACGACAGCUCCCAACAUGGAGGACGACUCCGGUCUUUCCAACACGAGAGAGGAAACUGGGCUACUUAUGUCUACAUGCCAUAUGAGCCUGAAGACGUGUUCCUGGAGUUACUGGGUGAGCUACGGGUUUGUGCCGCAGCUCAUGGCAUCACCUUGACCCAAGCUGAAGAGUUUCACAUCAGCCUCUCAAAGACGGUGGUCCUGCGACACCACUGGAUUCAGCCGUUUGUUCAGUCGCUGCGUUCUGCACUAGCAAAAUGUGGCGGCUUUGUUUGCCUAGCAGAUAAACUGAAGGUGUACUCCAAUCAAGAAAAAACAAGGACUUUUCUUGGCAUGGAAAUCUCUACAGGUCACACGCAGCUUCUUGAGGUUGUGAAAAGAGUGGACGAGGUCAUGGAAGAGUUCAACCUUAGCACUUUUUAUGAGGAGCCAUCGUUUCACUUGAGUCUGGCUUGGUGUGUUGGUGACCUCAGUGAAAAAGUGCAGUGUGCUUGUUUAUCAGAGUUGCAGAGUCUCUUAGACAGCCACGAAGAUGGACCUUUCCAGUUACGGCUGAACUGCAACGAGCUCCGCUGCAAAACGGGGAACAAGUUAUUUCUGGUCCCGCUGCAAUGACAGACGAUAGUUAGGAGGAUUUUUAUUGAGGCCUUCAGACACUCCAGACAAUCAGAAGUCAGAUUAGCCUUCCUGAUGGUGUGAAAGUGUUUUAUUUAAAAAAUAAAAAAAUUCUCCUUACUAGGAUACUGAAUUAAAUCAGAGAAAUUCAUCUCAUCUCAUCUGUAGCCGCUUUAUCCUUCUACAGGGUCGCAGGCAAGCUGGAGCCUAUCCCAGCUGACUACGGGCGAAAGGCGGGGUACACC